AUGGACGUGUCGACCCAAGCAGAGAGGGAGGCAGAAAGGAGGGAGGGGGAGAGAGGGAGGGAGGGGAGGACCACCAGCCCCUCUGAAGACAAACUUACAAGAAGCGGAGCAUGCAGAAAAAGCUCCGCAACACAUCAGUGCAGCUGCUCGGCUCUUCCUGAGGCUCGGCGCUCCGCAGGGCUUGUUGCGGAUUACAAUGAUUGCCACAACUCAACAAAACAUGACCACGGAGCUGACGGUCCCCCGCGGAACUGGAAGGGCAUAGGCAUAGCCAUGGUGGUGAUCCUGGCCGUCAUGUCCCUGGUCAUCCUCUCUGUGAUCCUUCUCACCCCCGACGAGUCUCACUUGUUGCUCCGCUCCCAUGUGACCAUGGAGGACCUGGAGAGUGAGAAGUUCAAAGUUCACGACCCCUGCGUGGCAUGGUUAAACGAAAACGAAGUGGCCCUGCGCACCAGGGAGGGACACGUGCUGACAUUCAGCCUCAGCAACAACCAAACCACAGCUCUGCUGGACAACAGCUCGCUGGACCUGACCUCCACAAAAUUUCAAGUGUCUCCAGACAAGAAAUUUGUCCUCUUGGCGCACAAUAUUCGACCGGUGUUUUCUCAGUCCUUCACAGCCUCCUAUGCCAUCUACAAUGUGGCUAAUGGGGAUCUGAUUGAGCUUCGCCCUCCGGAGGGGGAGAAAACAGAGCUGCAGUAUGCUUCAUGGGGACCGCAGGGGAGCCAGCUGGCCUUUGUGUUUGAUGGAGACAUCUACUACAAGCCCAGCGUGACAAGCCAAUCUCUGCGACUCACAUCCACCGACCAGGAGCAGAAUGUGGUCAAUGGGAUUUCUGAUUGGACUUAUGAAGAGGAGGUGCUUUUGACAUACGCUGCCCACUGGUGGUCGAUGGAUGGUGCGCGGCUGGCUUACCUCCAGAUCAACAACUCUGCUACACCUGUGAUGGAAAUACCUCACUUCCUGGGUGGUCUUUACCCCUCCAAUGAGCUCUUCCCUUACCCAAAGGCAGGCUCCAGUAUUCCAUCAGUCAGUCUGUUUGUGGUAAAUCUGUAUGGUCCAGCUCACACUCUGGAGAUGAUGCCUCCCGACUCCCUCAGGGCCAGGGACUGUUACAUCUCCAUGGUGACUUGGAUCAGCAGCACCCAGCUCGCCGUUCGCUGGCUGAACCGGGCCCAGAACCAAUCAGUGCUCUGCGUGUGUGAGGCCACCACGGGGGCAUGCUCAGAGAAAGACAAAAUGACCAUGGAUAUAAUGCAAAACCAGCGACAGGAGGUGCCCUUGUUUACACAGGAUGUUUCGAUCUUUUAUACAAUACUGCCUGCAAAACAGGGCGCCCGUGGGGAGUUUCAUCAUAUCGCUGGUGUUACAGCUCAGCCUGCCAUUCCUUCUGUUCCCCCUCGCUUCUUGACAUCGGGGAGCUGGGACGUCACCUCGCUCUGCGCUUUAGAUGAGAAGGCUGAAAAAAUCUAUUUCCUGAGCACAGAGGAGUCCCGGCAGAGCAGACACCUGUACAGUGUGGACCUGAACGGAGUGUUUCAGCGCCAGUGCAUCUCCUGUAACCUCAUGGACGGUUGUCGCUUCUUCAAAGCUGUUUUCAGCCCCAAUCAAACCCACUUCAUCCUUUACUGUUUGGGCCCUGGGAUCCCGAAAGUGACGGUUCACAUGACAAAGGACCCCUCCAGAUAUGUCAUUUUGGAAGAUAACAGCCCUCUAUCAAAAGCUCUAGAGGACAAGAGGCUCCCUGAGACUCUGUUCCGGACACUCCCAGCAGAAAACUAUGAUCUGCACCUGAAACUAUCUCUACCUCAGGGCUAUGAGUCAAACCUCAACCCACUGCUCAUUAUAGUGGAAGGCAAUCCCGGCAAGCAGUCUGUGACGGAGGAAUUCGCCCUGGGCUGGCCUCAGGUCCUCUGCAGCACGCACAACGUGGCGUUGGCCUGGGUGGACGGCCGGAGCGGGGUCGGGCGCGGACAGAAGGCCGCGACGGUGGAUACGCAGAAGCUCGGCACGCUGAGAGUCAAAGAUUAUCUGGGGGUUAUUGAGUUGCUGAUGCGACUACCUUACAUCGAUGAUCGCCGGAUGGCCCUCUUUGGAAAGGCAUUUGGGGGAUAUUUAACCCUCAAAAUGUUAGCUGCGACAGAUAAACUCUUUCAGUGCACAGCAGCUCUGGCACCCAUAACAGACUUCCGGCUCUACAGUGCUGCCUUUUCAGAAAGGUAUCUUGGCCUUCCAGCAAAGGAGGAGCAUGCUUAUGCGACUGCCUCUUUACUGGAAGAUGUUAGCAAGCUCAAGGAGGAGAACUUCCUUAUUCUGCACGGGACUGCAGACGCAAGGGUACAUUUCCAGCACAGUGCUGAGCUCCUGAGCCGAUUGGUGAAGGUGGAGGCCAACUACUCACUGCAGCUGUACCCAGAUGAGGGCCACGUCCUGAGAGAACCUCGCAGCAUCCAGCACUUCCAGCGGACUGUGGCGAACUACCUCCAAACCUGCCUGAAGCACAGCUCCCUUCUGGAUUUCCUAGAAGAUGAAGAGGAGGAAGAUGACUGA